GGAGAUCCCAGAUUCUGUAAAACAUUUGAUCUUAUUCAGUGAUGGACCUUUCGGCCAAAACAAGAACAACACUGUAAUUAGGUUUUUAAUGAAUUUGUGUGACAACUGCAACCUAGAGACAAUCACUUACAACUUCCCAGUACGAGGGCACUCGUACUCUCCUUGUGAUAGGGAUUUUGGUUGUAUAAAGCGUCUCAUAAGAAAGGUAGACAGGAUCUACACCCCUGAAGAAUAUAGAGAACUUAUUUUGAGGGCUAGUAAUACAGGCCGCUUUUCAGUUCACAUGGUUAAAACAGAUGAAAUCUUGAAUUUCAAGGACUGGUGGCCACUUUCUUAUAAAAAGUCCACUUCUGCUUCUGAUGAAACUUCAGGAAGGAAUGUUCCGAAAAAAGACAAGGAGCCCUUCAAACUUUCAACAUAUAAGCAGUUUUGUUUCAGCUCAAGAACAAAGGGAAAAGUAGUAGUGAAACCGUUUAUUGAUGGUAUGAUUUCAUCUACAUUCACCUUCCUGAAAUGUGAUAAGCCUCCAGAACUACCAAAUCAGCCGGCCUAUCCCCAAGGAAAGGUACCCAUUAACAAGAAAAAGAUACAGGAUUUGAGAAAAUUAACUGAGUACACGAGAGGUUAUGAACAUUUUUAUAAUGCAAUCCUACUGUGGCCUACAACUGACUCUGAAAAACCCUGAGGAAGUGGAUCAAGGGUGUGAAUAAGUUGCACUUCUGUCUUUUUAUUUGCAAAUAGAUGUUUUCUCUGUAAUAAAUAAUCAUUUUUGACACUUG